GAAUUUAGUACCAAAAUCUACAGCUGAAGAUUGGCAACACUGAAUUUGUUCAGUCAGCUGUUUUGCACGUGUUUUAUUCAGUAUAGUCACGCGUUUUGUUAUCUGUUGCACAAGUUUUUAACGAAAAGAGAAAAUGUUUAAUUUCAAUCUUAAUGAGUUUAUGAAUCAAGCCCAAGCCGAAGCUUUCAGUGGUGAUAAGGAUAGUUUCUUUAAAUGUUUUUAUCCAAAUAAAUGUCACGUUUGCCAUCGACUCGACAAUAAAGAAAAUCCAUUAAAAAGAUGUUCAAGUUGUCAACUAAUGACCUACUGUGGAAGAGAACAUCAAGUGAAAGAUUGGAAAAUGCAUAAAGAUUUUUGUAAAAUUCUCAAAGAAUAUAAUGGACCAGAAAUGUUUAACAGUUUAAAGGAAUUACAAGAUCCAGUGAAUGCUUCAAAUGAUAUGAAAUUUCGAUUAUUAAGGCAACGGGUUAUGCAAAAAAAAUUGAUAUUUGGACAAUUAGUUAAUAAAUUAAAUCGACCGCCAUUUCUCUAUGAAAUGGAAAUGAUUUUGUAUCCAAGAAUAUGUUCAGUUUGUUAUGAAAAUAAUCAAUCUUUAUUGACAAGUUGUUUUAAUUGUCCACAAGUUAGUUUUUGCAAAAAACACAAAAAUGAUUCGUCACAUUUAAAAAUUUGUCAUCUCUUUAAACGUGCUUGUGAAAUGAAUGUAUCGGAUCCACAUCUUUCUGUUUUUUUUCAAAUGGAAGUUAAACAAUUUAAAACAGUGACAUUGUAUUCACAAAAAUCUGGCACAUGUCUUCCAAAUUCUAUGGAGGAUUUUUUGUCAAACAAUUCGUGUAUUAAAGUAAAACGAAAUUCCAAACAAGAAACGAUAAUACCAAAUAAUAUUUGGGAAAUUUAUUUGUCCGAUGCACUUUGUCCACCGUUAACAAUAUUGUAUGCUUUGGAAAAAUUAAAAUUUUCAAUUUCAACAAAUUUAACAAUUCACGUUAUUGGUGCAACAAAUGAUGAAAUUGAAAAACCAAUUUGGGAAUUAAUACUUCAUUGGUUGCCGGAAGUGAUUAAUUUAAAUAUAACUUUUAUUGGACCUCAAAUUGAAGGACGUUCUAAUAAAAUUCGAAAAGAUAUUUUAUGUGAAUCUUGUAUUAAAAAAGGUGUUCAUAUGGAUUUUGAAUUUAGUACAGAGUUUUAUCAGAAUUUUAUGAAAUCGUCAUCUUUUGUGAAACCUAAUUUUAUUGUUGCCUACAAUGCCGGACUUCAUGCUUAUCCAACUUGGUAUCAAGCGAUAAAAUUAGUUGUGGGUUUACAUUGUCCGUUUAUACAGACAUCAUUUACGGAAAUAGAAGCUGAUCAAGAUCAUAAAAUGAUAAAGAGUAUUGUACCUGGAGUGAAGCAUUUUUAUUUUGGACUUAAUCCAUUUGCAAGCUAUCAAUGCGAAAGGAACAGUGACGAUGAACAAAUAUUUGCACGCAGCGAAAUUCUGACAAUUUACGAUUAUAAAUAAAAACAAUUUUUAUAUGUUGCAGGUUCUGACAGUGAAAGCUCAAUGAUUUUUAAAUAAGGAAACUUUUUUUCUCAGGAUUAACAAAAAAUUACAAAAAGCAAAGUUAUCCUGAAAUUCAGUGAUAAAGCUAAGUGCCUUUAAUUAUUAUUAAAGUAUUAUGAUAGAGAUCCUAUUUAUGAAAUGAGAGAAUAUUGAAAAUAUUUUCCAUAUUGUACUAUAAACUUUUUCAAUAUCAUCAUCAGUUUCAUAAUUGACAAAUAAGAUCUGUUGUGCACAAAUGUUUUAUUUUUGUAUUGUUUUAUAAAUUAAUGUUCAAUUUAAAAAAAAGCAUCUGUUUAAUUUGUUUUUUAAUUUUGUAAUACUACUAAUUAUUUAGUUAUUUUAUAAAUAAAUUCGUUGCAUGGAAA